AUGAUGCGAAAAGGAAAAAUUUGGAACGAAGAGGUGAUUUUCAUAUAGGAAGACAAAUGGAUUAGGGAGCUUGUGGAGGAAUUCGGUGAUAAGAACUGGAUUUUGAUAGCCCAGAAUUUACAAGAGCGUCAUAAGGUAAAGGGAAGGUAAUAAUUACUUAGAACUGCAAAACAAUGCAGAGAAAGAUGGCACAACCACAUCAACCCAGUAAUAAACAAAGAAGCUUGGACAAAAGAAGAAGAAAAGAUUUUAUUUGAGUACCAACAAAUCUACGGUAACAAAUGGUCUGAAAUUGCAAGAUAUCUUCCUGGAAGAUCAGACAACUCAAUUAAAAACCAAUUCUACAGCACAGUCCGCAAAAACCUUCGCCGAUACAAUAAAAAAAGGCCACCAAAUGAGAGGAUUUUAGGCAAAGUCAAACAAAUUUUGCAAAAUCCAGCUUACUAUGCGAUAUUAGCAACUAGUUCUGAAAUCCCAAAGGAAACAAGUACAGUCCGCAAAUCUGAAGACAAAAAAACAAAGCCUUUACCUAAUAACAAAGAGCCUUUAAAAUCUCCUCCCAUUAAAAAUCAAGCUGAAGUGCCUUUAAAAGAUGAAAAUAUUCAGGACGAAACACCAAAUAUUCUAUGUUCUCUAUAUGAAGAGCCUAAAGAAAAAUCAAGUAUUAUUUGUCCACCGUUAUAUCAGCCAGAAGAAAUCAAGCAGGACGAUAUUAAGAUUGAGCCAUCCAUGCCAAUUUUUAAUUUGGCUAAUUAUCAGACUGAGUAUAAUUUCAAGAAAAAUAACAUGCUUAAAUUUCCUGAAGAUUUUCCGAUUUGCAACUGGGAUAACCCUGAGGUGUUUGAUGGGACGCUACAAAGAGGGGAUUCUUUAGGAGGCGUACAAGAAAUAGGCCAAGAAAUUCAGCGAUCUGAUUCACUUCAAAGCCUUAAAAAGUAUGAUUCUUCAUCAGGGUGGAAAUCAGAAAUCAGCAUGGAUUUCUUACUCUAUACAAAAAAUACAAUAAAUCAAAAAAUUAUUUUUUUAAAAAUUAUUUAUAAAAAUAUUUUUGAUAAAACGAGUUAAGGCAGCUGAGAGCAUCCAGCUUACAAUCUUAUACACUUCCGCCUUUUUCUCCGAUGGACUCUUUUCAGCAUAUAAAUAUGAACCCUCGUAACAAUAGUUAA